GGCGGCGGCGGCGGAGCUGUGGUUCCCGGCGGCGCCGGAGAGGAGCGGCGGCAUCGCGGCGCUGAUCGGAGCGGCGGGCCGCCCGCCAUGCGCCGCCCUCGCCCCCCUGCCUAGCCUAGCGGCGCGGCGGCCGUGCCGGGGAUGCGCGGCGGCGGUGCGGGGCGGGCGGGAGGCGGCUCCCUGCUUCGCGGCGGCUGAGGCGGCGGCGCUCGCCGGGAAGGCCCAGCAUGGCGGAGGAGGCGCCGCCCGCGCCCGACGGGGCCAGCGCAGCCCCCGCCCUGCCCGCCCUGGUGCCCGGCCUGCAGGGCGCGGAGGCCGGGGCGCUGCAGCACAAGAUCCGCGGCUCCAUCUGCAAGAAGUUGAGAAGUUUACAGAUUUACAGAAACUCUACCUCUACCUUCAACUGCCUUCCGGUCCCAGCAAUGGCGAGAAAAGUGAUCAGCUCUCCGUCUCCUCCAGCCGUGCUCAACAGGUGCAUGCCCUUUCCUGGAUCCGGAACACCCUGGAGGAACACCCGGAGACCUCCCUUCCCAAGCAGGAAGUCUACGAUGAGUACAAGAGCUACUGUGACAAUCUCGGCUACCACCCGCUCAGCGCCGCAGAUUUUGGCAAGAUCAUGAAGAACGUCUUUCCCAACAUGAAGGCCCGGCGCCUGGGCACGCGAGGCAAAUCUAAAUAUUGCUACAGUGGACUUCGGAAGAAAGCCCUGGUGCUGAUGCCAUCGCUCCCCAAUCUGGACUUCCCUAAAACGGGGGACGGGCUGGAUGGGGCAGAGCCUGCCGGGCGCCUGCAGAGUGCCGAUGAGGAGAUUGUGUCCGCUGCCUGCCAGCUGGUCUGCGAGUGGGCCCAGAAAGUGCUCAGCCAGCCCUUUGACUCUGUCCUGGACUUGGCCCGCUUCCUGGUGAAGAGCCACUACACGGGAACCAAAUCCAUGGCCGCCUUGGCAGUGAUGGCGGGCGCUCCUGCAGGACUCAAGGGGAUCCCCCAGCCGUCGGCUUUCGUCCCGACGGCAGAGAGCAACUGCUUCCAGCCCCAGAUGAAAACCCUGCCUUCACCCGUGGAUGCCAAGCAGCAGCUGCAGCGCAAGAUCCAGAAGAAGCAGCAGGAGCAGAAACUGCAGUCCCCUCUGCCAGGCGAGUCGCCCGCCAAGAAGGCCGAGGGCACAGCGAGCAACGGGGUUGCCAGCCUUCCGAAUGGGAGCCCGGCCAUCCUGUCCCCUCAGUCCAUUGGCAUUGUGGUGGCUGCCGUGCCAAGUCCUAUCACAGUGCCAAGGUCCCGGCAGUUGGUGACGUCUCCUAGCCCGAUGGGCUCGGCCGAUGGCAAAGUCCUUCCACUCAACGUCCAGGUGGUCACUCAGCCCAUGCAGUCCAUCAAGCAGUCUCCAAAGACUCCCCAAAAUGUGCCGGCCAGCCCCGUGGGAGACCGCUCUGCUCGCCAUCGCUAUGCCCAGAUCCUGCCAAAGCCAGCCAACACCAACGCGCUGACCAUUCGUUCCCCAACCACGGUGCUCUUCACGAGCAGCCCAAUCAAGACGGUGGUUCCUGCUCAGCACAUGAACGUGGUCAAAAUGACCGCCAUCUCGCUUGCCCCAAGCAGUGCCAGUGGCACGCCCAUCAAGCACACGGCCUCCGCCAUUGGCUCGGCAGCCGCAGAAGAGGCCAGGAGCGUUCCUCAGAUCAAGAAGGGGUCUGUGGUUUCACUCCAGUCCCCGGGAACCAAAGGGGGCGGCGGCGGCGGCCUAGCUUCUGCCCCGUCUUCGGUAGAGGUCAAACUUGAGCCAGAACUGGGGCUGGAGGAGAGCUUGCAGCAGAAUCAAGAGAAUCCCAGCCCUGCUCAGUCGGUCAGAGUCGCCCUGCUAAAGCCUGUGGAUCAGCUGAGGACUGUGGAAGGCGAGGCCUGGAAGGGCCGGGCUGAGGAGCGUCUCGGGGCAGUUAGCAGCGACCCCCAGGGGGGAGAGUCAGAGAGGAAACCCCUUUCCCAGGCGCAUGAAGCCCCCCCGGGCCCCUUGGACGUGGGUCAGCAUGUCUCCAGCACUGGCAUCGCCCCCUCACCUACUGCAGGCGACCAAGGGUGCCCGAAAGGCCUGCGGAAGAGGCUGCCUUCGGCCUUUGUGGAUGCCCAGGGGCCCCCAGUCAAGAAACUCUCUGUGGGACAGGCGUCUGCAGAAGACCCCCAGGCCAGCGGUGCCAAGAAAGCCCAGCAGACGGGCGGCCUGCCUCUCCCCACCAGCGACAGUCCGGCUGCCGUUCUCCAGAGUCCCGGCCAGGCGGCCCUCCAAAUCCAGGCCCUCCAAAUCCAGUCCGCAGCCUCAGGGAUCAGCCUGGAGCCCUCCUGCCCCUUGGAUGCCGACCUCAUCAUUGCCCCCAGCGACUCCCUGCUCGAGCCGCCCCCAGCGACCGCCUCAGCAGGCGUGGAAAUGAAGUUGGAACAAGGAGACCUCUUUGUCCUGGGAAACGGCUCUAAGUCGGAGGGCAGCCUGAACCCCAGUGUGUGGCAGCAGCUGGCCAAGGGCUCCCCCUUUGCCCAGGAGGCCUGCAAGCCCCCCGUCAGCGUCAUGACGCUUGCUGGACCACCCGACUCUGAGGACCUGCCCAAGUCCGCCUGGGAGCCGGUGCACUUAGAAGGGUUCCAGCAGGCGGGGGCAGUCUUUGGGCAGCCCUUGGCAGAUCAGGUCCAGCCAGCCUCCCUCGACCACCCCCUGCCCGGCCAGAGCUCCGGCCAGCUGCCCCUGCAGCAGGAGCUGAAGGACUUUGAGGAUGCCGCCUCCCAGUCCCACGAGAACUUCUUCUCCUUCGACGACGACCUGACCCAGGACAGCAUCGUGGAGGAGCUGGUGCUGAUGGAGGAGCAGAUGUCCCUCGGCACCUCCCACCUCUACAGCGCCUCCCUGGGGAUGGCUCUCCAGAGCCAGGGGGUGGCUCAGGGGACCCCCUUGGGCCCUCACCCCAGCAGUGCCCACUUCUAUCACCCGAUCCAUAGCAACGGCACGCCCGUUCAUACGCCCACCCCCACGCCCACCCCGACACCCACACCCACGUCGGAAAUCAUGGCAGGAUCGCAAGGCGUGUCCCGGGAGAGUCCGUGCUCCAGGAUGGCCCAGACCACGCCUGUUGACAGCGCCCUGGGGAGCAGCCGGCACACGCCUGUUGGCACCCCACACUCCAACUGUAGCAGCAGCGUGCCCCCGAGCCCCGUGGAGUGUAGGAAUCCCUUUGCCUUCACCCCAAUUAGCUCCAGCAUGGCUUACCACGACGCCAGCGUGGUCUCCAGCAGCCCCGUGAAGCCCAUGCAGCGGCCCAUGGCCACCCACCCCGACAAAACCAAGCUGGAAUGGAUGAAUGCCGGCUAUGGCAGCGUGGGGGGGGCGUCCUCUGUCACCAGCCAGGGGAUCCUGCCCGGCUACCAGGAGUCGGUGGAAGACCGUUUCAGGAAGCCCCAUGCCUUUGCCGUCCCCGGCCAGUCCUACCAGUCUCAGUCACGGCACUACGACCCCCAUUUUGGGCGAGUGACUCCCGUCUCCCCCGUUGGCAGCAAGCAGGAAGGUUUUGCUGUCCCGGCGCCUCUCGAUAACAAAGGUACCGGCUCCUCCCAUGGCGGCCAUUUCAGAUGCCGGAGUGUCAGUCCCGCCGUCCACCGCCAGCGGAAUCUUAGCGGAAGCACCGUCUGCCCUGUCACGGCCGUGCUCCGCCCUGGAACGAUGGUGGGCUCUUUUGGGAGUCCGGUCACCCCGGAGGUUCACCCCUCCUUGGCGAACGUCCACGCAGACCCAAGUGCCAGUGCCCUCGCCCAGCGCAGCCAGUCGGUGCCCCUGACGGUGAUGAUGGAGACGGCCUUCUCGCAGCCUCCGCAGCAGCAGCAGCAGCCGAGUUCCAAGAAGAUCACCAACGUCUUGCUCAGCAAGCUGGACUCGGAGAACGAUGAUGCCGUGCGCGGCCUGGGCAUCAACAACCUGCCCUCCAACUACACCGCCAGGAUGAACCUGACUCAGAUUUUAGAGACUUCUGCCGCCUUUCCAAGUGCCAACGCCCAGAACAUGCCCCCAUGCAGCCCGUCCGUUUUUGAAUUCCAAACACCAGGUUACCUCGCUAAAAACAGCAGCCCCGAUCCGGCGGACUUUGCUUCUGGGGACCACGCGGCCCAUUCGGACGGUGGGGAGCAGCAGCAGCUGGAUUUCAGCGGCACCGUGAAGGAGCUUUUGGAGGAGAGCAGCCUGCAGGGCGGCCAGGUGCCUCCCGACUUGACCAACGUGGCCUCCGUCUUCUCCAGCGACAUGCGGCUGACCUCGGAGCUCUCGGGCAGCAUGAACGACCUCAACGCCCUGGACCCAAACCUGCUCUUUGACCCGGCCCACCCGCAGGGCCAAGACGACGAGGCGACCCUGGAGGAGCUGAAGAACGACCCCCUCUUCCAGCAGAUCUGCAACGAGUCCAUCGGCUCCAUCAGCUCCGCCGGUUUUGAUUGGAUGGAGAGCAAGGACCACCCCGCGGUGGAAAUGCUGGGUUAGGAAGCGCGUGCGUGCGCGUGUGCGUGUGUAUACACACCUAUACAUAUUUGUGAGUGUGUGCGUAUAUAUAUAUAUAUGUAUAUAUGUGUGUAUAUAUACGUGUGUGUGUAAAUAUAUAUACACGUGCACACGUGUGUGUGUGUGUGUGUGUGUGUGUGUGUGUGUGUAUGAAAUCUACGUAGCACACUGUAUUUAAGAAACUCCGAAGACCAGACAUGCUGUAUUUGUCUUAACGGAAGUGCCUCCUCCUGCAGCAGAUACAAAAUUUGUGAGACUUUUUUAAGAAAAAGAACUGCUCUACCAGCUGCUUUAUUAUUCUCCAGCAGGGUGUGUACAAUCUUAACCAAUGUUUAAGGCGUUUCUGAAGGAUGCAGCCUGCUCCAGAGCCAGGAUUAGGUUUUAAAAUUUGGCUUGCUGCCUCUGGAGGAUAAAGAGCCUUUGUGGGAGGGGGUGGGGGGGGGAGGUAGGAAGGGAGCGGUCCCUCCGUCUGCUCUGCAGGGCCUUCCAUUGGCAUCAGAGUUCAGAGAGGCAGUGCGGAAACUGGGAGGGUGCGUGGAUGGGUUGCACGACGCAUUGGAUCAGGAAGUGCUCCUGCACUCUGGAUGCGCAAAGAGCCCGCCGCGUCUUUGCUGGCACACCAAAGCCAGCGAGCAUCCUGAUCACAAAUGCCCUUUGCCCGCAGAGUGGAAAAAGCAGAAGGGCCCAGCGCUCGCUACUAGCUGGCCUUUCCCAAAGGGUGGUGGGCUUGGCACCCCCUUCUCCAGGGGAGGUUCCUGGGGGUGGGGGGGGGGUGUGCCUCAUUGGCCAGUUGCCAGGGAAGGCCAGCGAUAGACAGGAAGGGGAGAUGGGAGUUCUCUCUCUAUCAAGGGCUAACGGUGGGCAGGAGAGGCUAGCAAGGAAGGAGCAGCAGCAGCCCAAACCUUUUCUCCCAGAUGGAAAACUUUCUCUGCCACAGGGUGGCGGCUCACAUGAAGAAUACAGCAGAAUGUUUUAAAAGCAAACAGUUUAAUGCUGCUUUUAAUGUCCCUGAGUAGGAAAGACUAGUCCCAACCCCUGCGAUUAAUAAAUCUGUUCCUUCCGUGGCAACAUGUACCCUAAAAGGUUUGUCAGGAUUUAUAGUUUUUUUU